AUGUCAAACGACUUGACUCUGAAUUAUGAUUCAUCCGGUCGGUAUUGCACAACCAUCGAACAUAAGCAUAUAGAUGUCGGGUAUUCGAAAAAUAACAGAAAACAUUUCUCACAUUCAACAACGUCUAAAUUACGAGAGAUAAUGCUGCGAAUGUUGCACACGACAUCGGGACGCAAAAACUUCGAUAAAGUAUCUGUUGAUCCGCCGAAAGACAAACAAGACAAGUUAACUUCCACGACAAAUGCUACUGAAGUAGAAGCAAAAACAAAAGACGCAAUAAAUUCAGCCGUUCAAUCUCAACCUCCCAUCGACUCUGCUGAUACGAAGAAAACUUAA